AUGUUCGACUUUCGCCUUCUCCUCCUCUGCCUCGGGGCAUUCUUGACCUUGUCCAAUGCUUCUCCAUCACCAUACCCCCAAUCAUCAAACACCCCCGCUGCUCUCAACGCCUGCCUUGCCCAAAAGAAAGUCCCCUACAUCCCACGCGACUCGGCGCAAUGGGUCAAGGAAGUCAAGCCGUACAAUCUUCGUCUAGCAUACACUCCUGCGGCCAUUGCCCUUCCUACAACUGUCAAGCACAUCUCAGACGCUGUCAAGUGCGGUGACCAGAACAAAGUCCGCGUCAGUGCCAAGAGCGGCGGCCAUAGCUAUGGCUCGUUUGGCUAUGGUGGUGAGAAUGGACAUUUGGUUAUUGUUGUGGAUGCUAUGGAUACCGUGACGCUUAACAAAGAUAUGAGCUGCACUGUUCAGGCUGGUGCGAGGCUUGGACAUGUCGCUACUGACUUGUUCCAGUUUGGAAAGAGAGCCAUUCCUCACGGAUCGUGCCCUGGUGUCGGUAUUGCUGGCCAUGCUCUCCACGGAGGUUACGGCUUUGCCUCGCGAACUCACGGUCUCACACUAGACACCUUCCUCGGUGCGACCAUCGUCCUCGCCAACGGAACGAUCCGAUACGCAGCCGACUGGGAGUAUUACGACCUGACAUGGGCUCUCCGCGGUGCAGGCUCUUCCUUUGGUAUCGUCGCAGAGCUCGGCUUCCAGACAUUUGCAGCGCCCGAAACAGUCACGCCGUUCAGCAUCGAGCUGGACUGGAACGAAAAUGAAGCGGUGGAAGGACUAUUGGCGAUGCAGAAAUUUGCAGUGACGGCGCCGAAGGAACUGAACAUGCAGAUUUACAUGGGGCCGUCCGGACAGACGAUUCAGGGUGUUUACUAUGGCACCAGGGCCAACUUGAACACGGCGCUACGACCUCUGCUGGGGGAUUUGGGCGCUCAGAUCUCUACGGCGAGUACGGGAGGAUGGAUUCAGAUGUUGAGCAAGUACGCCAAUGGUCAAGCGCUUGAUCAAAGACGCCCUUACGACCAACACAGUACCUUUUACAGCACCAGUCUCAUGACAAAAGACCUUACACGAAACCAAGUAAAGUCCUUCGCCAGGACUCUAUUCGACAACAUGAACGACUCCGACGCGCGACACACGUGGUACAUCCUGAUUGAUCUCUUCGGCGGCCCCAACUCAGCCGUCACCAACGCCAAAACCCUCUUCACCGACCUCCCAAUCAACAGCGCCUUUCCGCACCGCGACAAGCUACUUCUGUGGCAAUUCUCCGACCACGGCAACUACGCCACGCACGCGAACAACGGGUUCACUGUGCUCAAGCGGUUCCGUGAGAGCGUGACCAAGACCAUGGCUGAUGGCGACUGGGGCAUGUAUGCGAACUAUCUGGACACGCAGCUGAGUAAUGAGGAGGCGGUCAAGAGGUACUAUGGGAAGAGUUUGCCCAAGUUGAAGAAGCUCAAGGCGGAGUUGGAUCCGAAGGAUAUGUUUUGGAACCCACAGGGUAUCAGGCCUGCCUAG